AUGGCUGCCACUCCUCCCUCGAGCGGUUCUACGACCAGCGGGACUGGUCAACUAAAUCUUCUGACCCCUCAGAACCUAUCGACGAUUUCGCUCGGCCGGGCUACAUAUUGCAAACACGAUGAUGAUGAUCCUUUUCAUUUUACUUCCAGUCUCAAUAAUACAUUCCCCAGCACUCCUGCCAUCCCGGAGUCCUAUCUGGAAUCUGCAGGCCUCACCAUAAGUCAAGAAACCUACCCAUUCGAUUGCUUCCUUGAGCUACCGGGCGGCGUCGUUGUGUUUGAGAUCAAAGGUGAACUCGACUCGGAAUUGACCUUGGUCUUCCAAGUGUGGAUCAGCGUGCUCGUGUUCAACUACGAUGAGGGCAUCUAUAGGUGUAAUCUCCUGGAGGUGGAUAAACAUUCUUGCAGUUUCACCAUUGAUAAGAAGUACAUCAGCGGACAGGCAGGACUUUUUCCGAGGGACGAUCCCGAUCCAAAUUUCGUAGAUCUUUGUUUCGAGGUUCACGGCACCGUCAAGAUUCCAUAUACACGAGUGAACAGGAGGAUCGACUUCGGGAAAUGUUUUUUCAAAUUCCCCAAGCCCAAGACUAUCGACGCAGAUGCCUAG